ACUUAACGGCUCUGAUCUGACUGAACAGCAACAGUGCCACAGAAGCCAUUCAUUUGAGCUUGCAGCGACAAUCUGAUCGAUCAUGACGACUCACGAGUUUUUUGUUGACAUGACAUGUGAAGGAUGCUCUGGUGCGGUCACUCGAGUGCUUCAAAAACUGGAUGUCAAGUUUGACAUUGAUCUGCCCAACAAGAAGGUCUUCAUUGAGUCAGACAAAGGAACGGAUAUCCUUCUAGAAACACUGAAAAAGACUGGGAAAACUGUGACUUACAUCGGUAUGAAAUGAAACAUUCUAAGGUUUGAAAAUGAUGCAGCGGGACUCCCUCAUUGGACAAAUUAGACAAAUUAUUACAUAUCUUUGGGACCACUAAAGGAAAUCGGUUCAGCAGGGCCUAAUGAAGAGCAGCUACCAGGCUUUAUAUCAUCUGUAUUAUGAGAAUGUUGGAAUAUAACUGUUUACAAUGUAGUUGUUUUCCUGCCACACAUACUUGUAAUUGUAUAAGUGUCUAGAACUUAAAAUAAAGGUUCCUGUAUUCA